AUGCGGCGCCACGGCGGCGGCGGGGACUGGAGGAGGCGCGAGGCGGAUCCCGCGGAGCCGUCCUCGUCCCACGUGUUCGACGGCGACGGCGGCGGGUGGCACCAGGCGGCGAUGAAGGCGGCGGCGCGGGGGUCGUCGUCGGGGGACUCGCUGUGGCAGUGGCGGAGGCAGGGGCUCUCCGAGGUGGUGCUCGCGUGGUCGGUGGACCAAAUCCUCAACAAGGACCUGCUCCGCGACAAGGUCACUAAGAUCCCACAAACAUUCAGCAGCAUGGAGCAGUACAUGACCUCAUUUUUCGGUCCACUUUUGGAGGAGGUCCGGGGCGACAUGUGUUCAAGCAUGGAGGACAUUUCCAGAGCUCCAUAUGCAAGUGUUCUAUCUGUAAAUGCAAUGAGGAAAGGGAAAGGAUUGUAUGAGAUCAAGCUUGACAAAUGGAGGGGAGUGUCUCAUGGUUGUGGUAUAGGUAUAGAUGGCUACAAACCUAAAGCAGCAGACGUGCUACUGAUUUCAGAAACAAGACCGACGAGUCAAUCUGAUAUUCUCAAACAGUCUAAAUCCUGUGUCAUUAUAUGGGUUGGUAAGGUCCAGGGUAAUAAGAUGACUGUCAAGGCAUCCCGGAGGAUGGAGACUGGGGUUCAUGGAGAUGAACGACGGCAAAUGGGCAUUAACAGGUAUGAUAAGUUGUAUGAGGAGGGUUUUGACAAGUCCUGGGAAAUGCUGGACCAAGAAGCAGUUGCUCCAGAAUCUAGCAAUUCAUUUUUGCAUGCUAAUGGCCAGAAAGAACAUUCAAAUGUUCGAAAGUGCUUUGAGAAGUGUAAUGAUCUAGAAGAACAGAAUGAGAUGGGAAUUACUGGAAGUUCAUCGAAGCGAUGGUCCUUCUAUGCUACCUUCCUGACUAACAUGAUAACAUAUGACCGUGUUUGGGUGGUGCUCCGAAGGGGUUUGACAAUGGAUUCAAAAAUCAUUCUCAGUAUGUUCAGCAAAAAUAAUUAUGCUACAGGGCAUUGUAAGUACUGCAGAAGCAAAACACAUGAUGAAAUCAAGGAUGAUCUCUGCAACUUUAAGCUGAAUGACUCACAACUUGAUGCAGUAGCAAGUGGUAUUUCGGCAAGUGAAUGCUGUCACAACUCUUCGGUGGGGCUAAUUUGGGGCCCACCAGGGACAGGUAAAACUACAACAGUUGCGGUGAUGCUACACAUGCUUUUGAUGAAGGAGAAGAGAAUUCUUGCCUGUGCUCCAACCAACAUGGCUGUCUUGCAAGUGGCAUCUCGUCUUAUUGAACUGAUUGGGGACUUCUCUUCAAGUCGUCGUUAUUCAUUUGGUGACAUUGUCUUAUUUGGUAACAAGGACCGAAUGCAGUUUGGAAAGGAGUUGUCAAAAGUAUAUUUGGAUGAUCGUGUCCAUAUACUAUUGAGGUGCUUCAAACGAGAAGAUGGGUGGAAGAAGUGCGUGGAUUCUGUCAUGAAAUUCCUUAUAAAUUGCAUGUCUCGUUACCAAAUGUCCCUAGAUAUACAACAACCGAACAGUGAUGGAUGCAAUCUUACCUUUAAGAAGUAUUUCACAAGUAAAUUCAGCACAUUAGUAAAAGAAUUAGCAACGUGUAUUGCUACAUUCUUUGACCAUCUUCCAACAGAUUCCUUGGGCAGGAAUUUUGAUAGGAUGAUGUUUGCCAAAAGUAUGUUAGAUAAAUUGCAAGAACUGCUGUGUGCAGAUGAUGUCUCUGAUGAGCUUCUUUUCACAAUUUUCAAGCCUUCUGACGAACAUCUUGACUCUCCUGUUAGCCAUGACCUGACAGAUGAUGCAACUGUUGAUCUUCACGACCAUGAGAUCUCUCUAGAUAACCCUUUAGAGAUAAAGUCUCUCUGUAUCAAAACUCUGAUGAAUCUUUCAAAAAUGCGGCUUCCUUGUGAAGACAAUGAGAAUUCAAUUCGGGACUUAUGCUUGAAACAAGCAAAACUGGUAUUCUGCACCGCUUCUAGUUCAUUUGAGUUGUUCAGACUGCAAAGCGUGAUGCCUAUGAGCAUCUUGGUUAUUGAUGAGGCUGCACAACUAAAAGAAUGUGAAUCACUGGUCCCUCUCUUGCUCCCUGGGAUAGAACAUGUUCUGCUGAUUGGAGAUGAAAACCAGUUAUCAUCAUUGGUAAAGAGUAAGAUUGCAAAAGAUGCUGACUUUGGCCGAAGUCUGUACGAAAGGUUGUGUACAAUGGGUUAUAGAAAGCAUUUGCUGGAAGUACAAUAUAGGAUGCACCCUGGCAUCAACAAAUUUCCAAAUGCCAACUUUUAUGAUAAUCGAAUUUCUGAUGGUCCCAGUGUCAAACAGGAAGACUACGUCAAGAGUUAUCUCCCUGGCCCUAUUUAUGGUGCUUAUUCAUUCAUUCAUAUUGACAACGAUAUGGAAAUGCUUGAUGAACUUGGCCAGAGUUCUAAAAAUAUGGUUGAGGUUGCUGUAGCAGUCAAUAUUGUUGAAAGACUUGCAAGAGAAUGCUCUGAAAAGAGGCAGCGAACCAGCCUUGGUGUGAUAUCUCCAUAUACUGCCCAAGUAAUUGCAUUGCAAGAAAGACUUGGAAAACAGUUCAAGAAUCAUGAGUUUCUGUCUGUUACAGUAAAAUCUAUCGAUGGAUUUCAAGGUGGAGAGGAGGACAUAAUAUUGAUUUCGACUGUUAGGUCCAAUAAAAAUGGGAAAGUAGGAUUCCUCUCUGAUGCUGGGAGAAUUAAUGUGGCUCUGACAAGAGCAAAGCAUUGCCUUUGGAUCCUUGGAAAUGGAACCACUUUGCUGGCAAGCAAUUCAAUAUGGGCAGAAUUAGUACAUGACUCAAAACGACGUGGAUGUUUCUUUGAUGCCCUUGAUGACAAGAAUUUAGCUGAAACAAUUAUGCUUGCAACCAAGGAGGAACAACAGAAGAACCAAAGAGAACAGAGGAAUGCAUGCAAUGUAAGUCGAUUGUCAUCUGGGUCAUCAAGGCAUGAUAUAAUUGGUGUUGGCAACAGUCGACCAAUGAGAUGGAGUCACUUUGUAGGUUCUGGAGACACAAGGAGAAGCAAUGGCUAUGAUUCACGACUAAAUGCAUGUCACACAAAAGAGGACAUGCACAGAACACACUUUCAGCGACACAAGUCCUAUAGUGGUGACUAUUCACAAGUUGCUCCUCCUAAUCAAUAUUUGCGCAAUGGCUACAGAUCUUCCUCUAACGAUUAUGGUUAUCAGGAUUUGUUUAGAGAACAUCCAAAUCAUCGUUCUGGUCUGGACUCCCAUACCAGAAGUUUCCAUGAAACCAUGUGCAGUACUUCUCAGACAGGUAAUGGGAGGUUUCCUUAUUCUGGAUCAAUUCAGAGGGAAAAAUCACACAGCCAAACUAGCAUUCUUGGUGAAAGGCAACCUUUAGGAGGUGACUGCAAUACAGGAUUUCAGAAAGGGGCUUCUGCUUAUCCAUGUCAGCCCAAUUCUUCUGAAAUUAGGCUGAAUACAUAUGAAACCGGUGCUCCUGAACUUCAAGGUAUGAAUAAGCACAGGCAGUUCAGCAGUCAUCCACGACAAGCACCAUACAGGACAUUUGGUGCUUGGGGUAGAGGAAGACAUCCAUACCAUGACAGAGGUAGAGGAGGAUGGUAUGAGCGGACAAAUAACCAUCGGAUGGAAGAACCUUAUAGUCAGGUGCAGAAUGGCACCUGUAAUUUGCCAGAUACUAUGCAGCAAGGGAUGAAAAGAAACUGGUGCCAAGCAGAAGCAUCAGAUUCACCACACCAGGGCAAUGCAAAAAUAAGAUCUGAAAGUGCUGAUCAACCUCAUCAGCACGAUCAGCAUGGAGUUUAUGAAUCUGCGUCUCAUAAACUGCCUGCAAUUGAGUUGGGAGAUGCUCCUGGACAGCAUGAGAUGAAAAUAGACAGCUAUGAGACAGAAGCAUCAGACUCACCCAAGGGCAGCACAAGAGCAAGGCCUGAAAGUACAGAUCAACCUUAUUGGCAGGCGCAGGGUGGAGCUGCUUCCCAUGAACUGCCUGUCCCUGAGCAGGGAGGUACGCCUAGUGACUUGUGCGAAGAAGCAUGCCCCCAAAGCAACACAUCAGGUUCACCAAACAGGGGUAGUACUGAAGUUGCACCCGAAGGUGCAGAACUACUUCAUUGUCAGGCGCAGCCUGACGGUUCUGGAGUUGCUUCGCACGAACUGCCUGUUCCUGAGCAGGGAUGCACGAAAGGGAACUUGGCAAAUGCUGAACCUGGCCAGGUAAAGACAGAAAAAUAAAAGCUGAAAGCGUUGAGAGCGACACUGAUAGCUUAGACUUUUGAGAUCAGAUAUAGCCAUAUAGAUUUCCUCUUUCUUUUUUUAUCUAUAUAGGAUAUAGUCUUGUCAUCUUCCCCUUUUGGUUUAUAUCCAAAAAUGUGUAUAAGCAUGUAAUGUGUAAAUCUUUUUGGUUCCUCGACAGUAACCUAGGAGCUAACCCGACAAGCAAUGUGUAGAUGACUAUAAUUCAUAAGAAAGGGAAAAAAAAGCGAAGAGUUUUUGGGGGCAAACAAAAAUAUUGUUCCAUCUGAUCCUACUGUUCAAGUGUUCAUGUUGUUUAUUUAGGACUAAACUGGCAAAAGGGUUGAAGCCAGCGCUCGGUGUGGGAAUCUGCAAGACUGCAUCAGAGGAGAAGCUGACCACUCAGAUCUUGGAUGAAACCAGUACUGAAAGUGCAGCCUGUUCGGCACAAUGGUAAAAAAAUGCACAAAUAUGCGAGCCACGGCCCCACGGUUGCAGUGAUCCGUACGGAUGGAAAGCACUCUGAAGAACAAAGGUAGUGUAUAUAUAAUAUAGAUAUAAGCUACAUUUUCUAAAUCUGUAACACCACCAGAUUACAUUUUUACACACGACAGUAACCUGGGAUUCUAAAGGCUUCCUCGUACAAAAGCAAGUGUGGUAUCUUUCACAUUGCCUUUUCUGUAUGUACCACGCUGUAUAGACUACUCAUAAGAAAACCAUUCUUCUCUUCCUGCCAGGGCUGCACUAAUGGAUUGGAUGAUACUGUGUGAUCCCACGUUUUGGCGGCAGUUUUCUUAGAAUGAAUAGCACCAAAGCUGAAGGUACGAUCUCAACCAGC